AUGGAAAGUCCCAGUCGAAGUCAUUUGACCGGCGUCAAGGAAGAACCUUACUCUCGGGGCUCUAUCGAAGAGCAUUACUUCCAAAAUUCCGACUACGCGUUUAAUAUUGAGGAACCCUAUUUCCCCAUGGAUCCUACCGAUACCUACGACCUACACGACAUGGCCAUGGAAGCUACUGAGAAGCGGCAGUCAGAUAGUGCCUCGUAUAAGGGUGUCUCACGCAUUAGCUCGCAUAUAUCUACAAUUUCAACCCGAUGGAAGAAGCGAGGAUCGGCUGGGAGCCCCGAGCGAGAAACUUUUCAGGACAUUCUACGCUCGCGUGCCAACUCUGCAGCUUCCUCUGCCUUUGCAAGCUCGACCGUCGCAAGCUCCAUCACUCGAAUCGACUCAAUUCCUCCAUCUCCCGUCCGAACGAUAUUUGAAGAGCGCAUGAGCAGCUCAGGCACUCUUCCCAUCGACAUCACGCGCGCCAACAGCUUAAGUCAGGAUGACGACCAGCCAAAAGCCACGACUCCGCUGUUACCCCCAUUCAUGGGCGACGAGUCUCCGAGGGUAAUGGCAUCACGAGUGCAAUCCCCACUCCAGUCUCCUUCUGUCGCAGAUAUCAGUGAUUCGGGCUGUGACGUGGAUCCGGCUCAACGAUUUGCAGCUAUUGUGGGAAUCCCCUCGCCACCACUGUCGUCCAAGCCAUCUCUCGUAUCGAUGAGUCGCGCUCGCGCCAACACCAUUCGCACCGUCUCAGGCGAUGUGACCCCGUUCGUUCUAUCAGAUCCCAAUGACGAAUGGGCGAACAAACUAGGUCAUGCAAACUUUACCAUCCAACCUGAGCCAUAUGUGCCGGCCACCUGUGACAUCGAGAGCUUCCAGCAACUCCGUUCUGACUGGAACAUUGCUCGUUGCAAUUUCGCCAAGCACCUUGUGCGCACGGGCGAACAUUACGGCGUGACUUCAAAGAUUUACAAGCUGACCGGCGAGAAAUGGGAGUCAAUUAGCCGGGAGUGGAGUAUGCUGCACACUGCCAUGCUCAGUGAACUCGGUUCUGUGGGAGUUGCCCUCACCCUCACCCAUUCGAAUACUCUUCCUUGUGAACAACUUCGCAUUCCAGGUCUCCAUGACAACGCCAAGUUUCCCGAAAUGGGCGACGAGGAUAUCGUGGGACCUAUGACCGUCGCACCGGCGACUGAGACUAUGAAAAAGCGCAAUUUCUUCAAGUUCUUCCAGGAUCUCGUCUCCCGAUCCUAG